AUCACAGGGGAAUCAGGGGGUGAAUGUAUUAUACUCAUACGUAUCAUGGGGGUAUAAUGCUUUCUGAUUUUCCUCUUUACCGAGGUGAAGCAGGAAGCAGUGCAGAGAUGUAUUAAUAUCUCGGAUCUCAAAGCAGGGGAGUGAAAAUUCCCCCCCCCCCCCGGCGAUUGUUGCCACACCCCCCCACAGCACAUCAGCCCAGUGCCUGCUUUGUGUAUGAUAUGUGCAGCUGUCGAAAUCGAUAGCUGUAGGUGUCGGACCAUUCAUACAUUUCAUUCUGUGGGUGUGAACAAUGCACGGUCACCAAAUGGAGAAUGGGAAGAAGGAGUGUAACGUGUUAUGUAUGUCUAUAGUAGGGACUCCUCAGCUAUGAUAUGAUAAUGAUUUCUAAGAUGUGAAACUGAAUUUACUGCAGCAAAAAGAGAGAUCAGAAACUUCAGUUCACCAGUUCAUAAGAAUUACUACAUGCUGUUCUUUAGGAUGGCAAAAUUGUAACCAGCUUAAAUGAGAGACCGUUUAGCAGAAGAAAAAUGAAUUCUCUUAACCCAAAAAGAAGAAAAAUGUUCAACACUACAGAGGAAAAUCUUCCAAUGGUUUUGAAACCUCCGCCUGAGACUGAAUCAGUCCUAAAAUAUGCGAUUCCAUUGGCUGGGUCUGAAAGACAAAAUUAUGAAUCUCAGAAACAAAUUAAACAGAUCCAAAGCAAACUCAGUGAGUAUGUUGCAGAGUUGGAAGAUAUUUAUGGUAAAGACAAUGGUGAAACAACAGCAAAACAUUUACCCAGGCCGGAGAAGCAGUUGGUGAACCUGCUAACUAACUGCCAUUCUGCUGCAGAAGAAUUAGAUACUACAAUCAGAGAACAACAUCAAAUCUUGGAGUCUUUGCUUCGGUGGUUCCAGAGUCAGAUGCAACUCUUACUACAGCUAGGUGAGGAAGAUAUAUCAACAGACAGAGACGAACUUGAAUCUCCUGACACAAUAACAGAACUUAUUUCAGAAAUAACGGACAUAUCCUGCAAACUGGAGCAAAUAAAAAAUAAAUAUCAAGAUCUCUCUAAAACUCAUUGUGAGAGGCCUUUUACAGGCAAAACCGAGGAAGAAAACAAAGAACUAUUUCUUAGUGUGAAACCAGAUUUAAAAGCAGGAUCAGAAGAUUCAAAUAAACAAUUGGAAAGGAUUGUUCAAGAACUUGGAAAAUCAUAUGAUAAACAAGCAGGAGAAUUACAGAACAUUGAAAAGAAACUGCAUGAAACUGAAAAUAAAUAUAUGAAGGCGGAAGCAGACAACCAAGCUCUCAUGGAGGAGAAAAGGGCUUUAGAAUAUGAGCUGAGAAAAAUCGAAGCGCUGAAGGCGAAUAAAAGUUCUGCAGAAACCCCUGUAUUGGAUUGUGAAUACAGAUUAGAUAUGGUUACAUUGCCAGUACUAUCAGCUGUGACACCUGAUGUCCCACAACAAAAAUCACAAAUAGAAGUUAAAGUUCUGGAACAAAUAGAAAGUCAUAAAACUAUGGAACUAGAGGAAGAGGCAGAACCGUUUUCAGAUUCCCAUUUACCGUCUCUUCAUAAAAAUGCAAAAAUGCCGGAAGGGGAGAACAAAGAUUUGUAUAAAACUCCAGGCACACCUGAUCUGCUUGAGGGGACUGUAACAGAGGCUCUUGACGCAACUGUACCAGAAGAGUCUGACAUAUUGAACUCUCAAGUAAGUAAUACACAAGUACAAACAGAGAAGGAAGCCGGGCAGAGCAGCAAACAGGAGACAUCGCUAUUGGAAGAGAAAGUUGUACAGAAACCAGCUGACCAAAUAGAAACAUCUGCUGGAUUCCGUAAAGGAUCAAUGGAGAUGUCAAAAGCAGAUGAGGCUGAUAAACAGCACAAGUUGCCUACUGUGCAAGAUGGACAACUAUUAACAGAGCUACAAGAACCAUAUGAAGGGGAUUAUAAUAAGGAAGCUCAUAUAAUAGAACAAGGACCUCAAGCAGUACUGGAAGAACAAGUUCCACAGAAAGCAACUGCCCAAACAGAAACAUCUGUUAGAUUUUAUGAAAGAUCGCUAACGUUGCCAUUGGCAGAUGAUGCUGAUAAGCAGCAGAAGUUACCUACUGUACAAGAUGGACCCCUAACAAAAGAGAUACAAGACCCAUAUGAAGGUGAUUACCAGAAGGAAACUCAUAUAAUAGAACAAGGACCUCAAUCAGUACUGGAAGAUAAAGUUCCACAAAAACUAAUUGACCAAACAGAAACAUCUGCUAGAUUCCAUGAAGGAUUGCUGGAGGUACAAAAGGCAGGUGAGGCUGAUAGACAGCAGAAGAUACCUAUUGUGAAAGAUGGACCCCUAACAAAACAGAUACAAGACCCAUAUGAAGGGGAUUACAGGGAGGAAGAUCAUAUAAUAAAACAAGGACUCAAAGCAGCGCUGGAAGAUAAAGUUCUACAGAAACUAACUGACCAAAAAGAAACAUCUGCUGGAUUCCAUGGAGGAUCGCUGGAGGUACAAAAGGCUGGCGAGGCUGAUAUACAGCAGAAGAUACCUAUUGUGAAAGAUGGACCCCUAACAAAACAGAUACAAGACCCAUAUGAAGGGGAUUACAGGGAGGAAGAUCAUAUAAUAAAACAAGGACCUCAAGAAGCGCUGGAAGAUAAAGUUCUACAGAAACUAACUGACCAAAAAGAAACAUCUGCUGGAUUCCAUGGAGGAUCGCUGGAGAUACAAGACCCAUAUGAAGGGGAUUACAGGGAGGAAGGCCAUAUAAUAAAACAAGGACUCAAAGCAGCGCUGGAGGAUAAAAUUCUGCAGAAACUAACUGAGCAAAAAGAAACAUCUGCUGGAUUCCAUGAAGGAUUGCUGGAGGUACAAAGGGCAGGUGAGACUGAUAGAGAGCAGGAGAUACCUAUUGUGAAAGAUGGACCCCUAAUAAAACAGAUACAAGAUCAAUAUGAAGGGGAUCACAGGGAGGAAGCUCAUACAACAGAACAAGGACCUCAAGCAGUUCUGGAUAUUAAAGUUCCACAGAAACCAACUGACCAAACAGAAACAUUUGCUGGAUUCCAUGAAGGAUCGCUGGAGACAGAGCAGCAUUGUCCACCUGACACCUAUGAAUUGGAUCCCGCUAAGAGCUUCAAAAUGAGAAAGCAACAGGCAGAGCAGCAGCCUCGGCCUCAUAAGUAUGAUGAUUUGGGCCCUGCUAUGAGCUUGGAAAUGACAAAGCAUCAGGAGGCAUUGAGAUGGGAAGAAGAGAGCCUGAACUCCUAUAUUCAGAGCCAAAGAGAUGGAUAUUUUACAGAGCAGCAGUGUCAGCCUCAUACUUAUGAACUGGUCCACGCAAAGAGCCUGAAAACAAGGAUACAACAGACCGAGCAGCAGACUCAGACUUAUGAAUUGGACCAUGCUAAGAACUUACAAACCAGGAUGCAGCAGACAGAGCAGCAAUCACAGCCUCACACUUAUGAACUGGUCUAUGCUGAGAGCUUGAAAGUGAAGAUGCAACAGGCAGAGCAGCAGUUUCAGCCUUAUGCUUAUAAAUUUUGCAAUACUGUUAGCUUCAAAAUGACAAAGCAACAGGACAGUAGAGUAAAGAAAGCACCACUAAAAUUAAAGGUUCAACCCUAUCAUAACAUCAUCCCAAACUCUUGUGGAUCACAGUUAUAUAUCCAAGGACGGAGUAUCACUUUGACACCUAAGUAUUUAUCCACUAAGACACCAAAAUGUGAUGAUAAAGCCCAGAAGGAUAUGUUGACGGUUCCCAGCUUCCUUUCAGAUGAAACACCGCAAUAAGGAAAUAAAAUAACCCUUGUACUGCGUAGCAUAAUAAAGUUUUGGGAGCAUAGGAUGAGA